CGAUGAAUCCUCCAGGUUACCCGGCCGAAGCUUUUCCGCUGCAGGGAGUGAGGCAUGAUGGGCUCCCUGCACAGCCUGCGGGGUCAACAGCCAUUCAGUUCACCACUGUGAACAUCACCACUGCCCCCCCCAGCGACCACAUCAUCUGGUCCCUGUGCUGCUUUGUCUACUCGAACCCUUUCUGCCUUGGACUGGCAGCACUGAUCUACUCUAUCAAGGCCAGAGACCGGAAGGUGGCUGGAGACCCGGAGGGUGCCAGACACUACGGUGCCACUGCCCGCUGCCUCAACAUUGUGUCUACCAUCCUGGUUGUCAUCACGACCCUUAUUUCUUUAAUUACUAUUAUUACUAUUGCUAUUCUUACUAGUUGA